AUGGCUCGGGUGUUACACUACACCCCCUCGCAGAAAUUGGUUUUCAAGUAUCACCAGACCUUACACCUUUUUGGACUCAAAGAAGAAACCAACGAUGACCAGAGGAAAGUCCCACCAAGAAAAGCAAAGUUCAAAGUCGGCUACGCCCCAGUCACAGCUCCCAACCGGAGGCAGAUAAUCAAGGCUUGGAUUGAAAGUGCCAGCUUGAAUGAGAUGCAGCUUCUUUGUGGGAGAAUCCAAAGAGCAAGACAGCGAGGAAGAGAGAGGUUAAGAGAGACGGAAGAGUGCUUUUUGGGGUCGUGCAGCAUUAAGAGCAUCCUGUUGGACAGAAUAAAAAGAGGUCGACUUCUUGAAUGCUUAAUGUGGCCAGUCAAGCUCACGGCUGGCAAAGGUUGGCGACACAUUCAGGCUAAUGUCCUGACCCGCUCUUUGGUAGCACCCAUUCUCAUCCCGGCUCAUUAUGCCAGGCUGUAG